GUUCGAGAGAAGUAUUGGGCUUCUUUGACUGUGCGGGCAGAAAGGGGUAAUAUGCAGAGGAAGUUCUUUAUCCUUCCUCCGCGGAGGCUGAUGGUUGAUGAUUGGCUGGUCAGGGCAUGGGAGUCCGGAGGCUGGCGUUUCAGUGCGGUGCUCAUCCCCGUGUCCGUGUUUACACCUCGAGUAUUACCGCGCGGAGGGGCGAGCGAGAGGAUGAAGAGGACUGGGAGAUAGCAGCCGGAGAGAUAACGACCUCGACAUUGGAGAACGGCGGACACUUCCCCUUUUCCUGUCUGGGGAGUAGAGGGACUGCGUAGCCUGUCGAAUUCGUUUUUUGCCGCCUACACAUGUGAAUUAUAAUCUUUGUUUUUUUUUGUUGUUUUUCUUCUUUCGCGAAAACAGGAAUUCGUGGAUAUGGCACUCUGACAAACCAAACUUUGUUUUCGGUUUUGUCUUGGCUUGCUUGAUUUGCUGUAACGCGGAUGCGGGUGGAGUUGGCUGCAAAGAUCGUAUCGCAGAUCCCUCCAGAAAGUUGUUAUUCUUGUUCAUCGUUCAUAUUCUACGAUGUUGUACGCUUAAUGAGACUGGCUUUAUCGUGGAGGAACAUAUAAAUCCGUGUAUUUGUUUGUAGCAUAUUUUCAACUGGAAGAAUAACACUGUUCGUUUUUUAUUUCAUGCGCGUUUGCCUUUGAGGAAAUUAAGCUUGCGCCACAAGUAGAUUAUCUACACUGUCUUUGCCAAACAAAUUGUUUUGACAACUUUAUGUUGUUGAACGAUUGCUGGUAACAGAAAAAAGAGACUGAAAACUAGAGGAACGCGAGUGUGGAAGGGCACCGUAUACUUUUUCGAGAGCCCCUGGUGCCAUUUCGCAUUGGCGUGACCGGGAAAAGAUGCUCUCUCCGAGGAUACAUGGUGGAGAGGGUCUCGGUCCUCUGAUGGUUCUGUUCCUGCUCUGUGGUUCUUCAGUCGCCGGAGCAGAUGAUGGAGACUACAGCGAGGUUCUGCCGGACUCCUUCCCGUCGGCGGCGGCCGAGCCGCUCCCGGAGUUCCAGCUGGAGCCGGACGACGCCUUCAUCGUGAAGAACCGGCCGGUCCAGCUGCGCUGCCGGGCGGCGCCGGCCACGCAGAUCUACUUCAAGUGCAACGGAGAGUGGGUCAACCAGAACGACCACGUGACCCGCGAGAGCCUGGACCAGAUCACUGGGCUGGUGGUGCGGGAGGUGGAUAUCUCCGUCUCCAGGACACAGGUGGAGGAGCUCUUUGGCCUGGAGGAUUACUGGUGCCAGUGUGUCGCCUGGAGCUCGGCUGGCACUACCAAGAGUCGCCGGGCCUAUGUCCGCAUCGCCUACCUGCGUAAGAACUUCGAGCAGGAACCCCUGGGCAAGGAGGUGCGUCUGGACCAGGAGGUGCUGUUCCAGUGUCGCCCUCCGGAGGGCAUUCCCCCUGCCGAGGUGGACUGGCUGAAGAACGAGGACAUCAUCAACUCGGGCCAGGACUCCAACUUCCUGAUGACCAUCGACCACAACCUGAUCAUCAAGCAGGCCCGCCUCUCAGACACGGCCAACUACACCUGCGUGGCCCGCAACGUGGUGGCGCGGAGACGGAGCAGCACCGCCACCCUCAUCGUCUACGUGAGUGGGGGUUGGUCGUUGUGGACGGAGUGGUCUGAGUGUAACGUGAGGUGUGGGCGUGGCUGGCAGCGGCGGACUCGGACCUGCACCAAUCCUGCCCCACUAAACGGCGGCACGUUCUGCGAGGGCGCGCCUUUCCAGAGGAUCACCUGCACCACCCUGUGCCCAGUGGACGGAGGCUGGACGGACUGGGCCAAGUGGUCGGCCUGCGGGACAGAGUGCACUCACUGGCGCAGCCGCGAGUGCCAGGCGCCCCCGCCGCGCAACGGAGGCCGGCACUGCAGCGGCAGCGUGAUGGAGAGCAAGAACUGCACCGAGGGGCUGUGCGCACGCAAUAAAAAGGUUUCUAUUGAACAUGCAAGUCAUCCUCUGGACCCCGGUGCGGGCGUAGCGGUGUACGCCGGCCUGGUGGGGGCGCUGUUGCUGUGCGUGGUGCUGGUGCUGUGCGUGGGCGUGCUGGCCUACCGCCGAAGCUGCCGGCAGCUCAACGGUGACAUCACUGACUCCUCCUCCGCCCUGACCGCGGCCUUCCACCCCGGCAACUACAAACCGCCACGGCAGGAUAACCCCCACCUGCUCCACUCCUCGGCCCCCCCGGACCUGACCGCCACGGCGGGCUCCCUGCGCGGGCCCCUGUACGCCCUGCAGCAGAGCGCGGCCAACGCCCAUAAGAUCCCCAUGACCACGUCCCCGCUCCUGGACCCCCUGCCCAGCCUGAAGAUUAAAGUGUACAACUCCUCCACCCUGUCAUCGCUGGAGCUGCCCACCGGGGGGAGCUCUGUGGACGGGGAGAUCCUCAGCCUGAGGACCGUGGGCUCCGGCCCCCGUGACCCCCACUGCCACACCCUGCCCAGAGAGCCUGGGAGCUGUGCCAGCGGCACACUGGGCAGCCUGGGGGGCAGACUGACCGUCCCCAACACAGGGGUGAGUCUGCUGGUUCCUCCGGGGGCCAUUCCCCAGGGGAAGUUCUACGAGAUGUACCUCAUCAUCAACAAGUGGGAGAAAACCACGUUGCCGUCGGAGGGCGGGCAGACAGUGCUGAGUCCGGUGGUGUGCUGUGGGCCCUCGGGGAUGCUGCUGAGCCGGCCGGUGGUCCUGACCCUCCCCCACUGCGCCCAGCUCGACACGCCCGACUGGACCCUCACCCUCAAGACCCAGACGCACCAGGGAGGCUGGGAGGAGGUGCUGACGGUGGGGGAGGAGAGCCUGUCGUCGCCCUGCUACCUGCAGCUGGAGGAGCAGAGCUGCCACGUCCUGAUGGAGCAGCUGGGCACGUACAGCCUGGUGGGGCAGUCGGCCCUGCCCCAGCCCGCCUGCAAGCGGCUGCAGCUGGCCCUGUUUGCCCCGCGCGCGCCCUGCCUCUCCCUGGACUACUGCCUGCGGGUCUACUGCACCCAGGACACGCCCCACGCCCUCAAGGAGGUGUUGGAGUUGGAGCGUAGUCUCGGUGGUGUACUUCUGGAGGAACCUAAGCUCCUCCUCUUCAAGGACAGUUAUCACAACCUGCGCCUGUCAAUCCACGACAUCCCCCAUUCCCAUUGGAGGAGCAAACUUCUCGCCAAGUACCAGGAGAUCCCGUUCUACCACAUCUGGAGCGGCAGCCAGCGGCCCCUGCACUGCGCCUUCAGCCUGGAGCGCAGCAGCAUGGCCGUGUCCCAGCUCAGCUGCAAGAUCUGCGUGCGGCAGGUGGAGGGGGAGGGCCAGAUCUUCCAGCUGCACGCGGACGUCCAGGAGACUCUGCCCCCCCACUCCCCGCUCCCCUCCGGGGUGCCCUGUGUCCCCUCCUCCCAGGUGGGGCCCUACGCCUUCCGGCUGCCCAGCUCCAUCCGCAUGAAGAUCUGCGGCAGCCUGGACGCCCCCAGCGCCCGGGGCUGCGACUGGAGACUGCUGGCACAAAGCCUGGGGUUCGACAGGUACUUAAAUUACUUUGCAACAAAACCCAGCCCCACAGGUGUGCUUCUUGACCUGUGGGAAGCCUGUCACCAAGGUGACGCAGACCUGGUCUCCCUGGCGACUGCACUGGAGGAGAUGGGAAAGAGCGAAGUACUGGUUGUCAUGACGACCGAUGGGGAUUGCUGAUUGGUCGUAACAAAGAGAUGACCAACAAUGCGAAAACACCCACCCAUUACACACCUGUGGACAUGAAUACCUUUGCCACACUAAACCAUAUGCGCGCCAAGCACGUGCACAUGCACAGACACACACACACACACACACACACACACACACACACAAAACGCAUCUACAUGCCCCAUGCAGUCCUAUAGCACACCUGCUUUACCCCAGUCUACAACCUCCACACAGGCCCCAUGACGUUCUGCCCCAGUCCGCUUUGACCCUCUCCAUUCAGGCAGAGACUGAUACCCGCUCCCCAGGCUGAUCUUUUGGCCUACAUUUCACCCCAUAGCAGAUUCCCACCAUGCUACUUCUUCUGAUGAGAAAACUGGGGGCUUUCUUUUUAGGAUUCAGGUAUUCAGUUCUGUGAAACAUCACAGCGGCAGAUUUGUGACAGAAAAAGGUAUAUAUUUUAAUUUAUUAAAACCCAGUUGACACUUUCAGGCCUUGUAGCAUUACAUCGCCACACAAAUUAAAUUAAACAAGAACAUCUCUCGCCCUCUUUCCCCUUUCCUUUGCCCUCCCUCUUUUUCACAGCAGAUCUUUGUUUCCUAGCGACAGUUCAUUUGAUGUGAUAAAUCCACAAAUUGACCAAUCAGCAGUGAACACCCCACCACCACCUUUAAACCCCUCAGGCGAAAGAUGUGCUGACACACACAGAGACACAAAUGACCUCACACUGACUCAUCCAGCUGUGAGUCUCCGUUAUUGACUAACCGGUAAAUACGUACGGACCGGUUGGGUUCCCACAUUUCACCGGGUGCGGUCUGACACGUGUCCCUAUGGCCAAUGCAAAGAUUACAUGUGUUCCAGCAGGAGACUGGAGUCUGAAGUCCGGGGGUUCGCCUACACCUUCGAAUACCUCAAAAUAACAGCACAGUCACAAACCACCGGAACUCUCAUCCUCGAAACAGCCCCUUGCAUCUCUCUGCUUUUGAAAUAUCUUUUUUCUGACUGCAAACUAAGCUACAGACGAGGUUUUGGUGAACCAUUAUGAGUUUCCUAUAGGGAACGCGACGUUUACGUUUUUGUCCAUAUUUUUGGAUUGUUUUUUUUUUGGUGUGUAUGCCCUCCCCUGUGACAGUUGGCAUUAUUGUUGCUGUUAUGAUAAUAAGUAUGAUCUCUUUUCUGUUCAGAGUUCAUGUUGUGUUAAGCACUGGACUUGUGAGGCAUUUCUGAGGCUAUACUAAAGAGUGAGGAAUGAACAGGGAGAUAGACUUGUAGGCAGAGAUGAGAACAGAUGUGCAUACGGGGUGUGGGGUUGCAGAAUGGAGACAGACAGACUGAAACUACAUCAAUCUCAGGUCCAUCCUUCAAUUGUAAGCAAAAGCAGUGCUAUUUUGUAAGUCCAUUAUUUUAAAUUCACCAAUUUCAGCUGUCCAUGUUUUUUUUCUUUGUUUUGUUUUUUAUCAUUAUAAUUUGGGAAUUAAUUUUAAUUUCAAGAGCCGAAUAUCCAGGCCUUAUAUGUGAUUGGCUAAAGUGACCAUCAUGUAAUCUGCCUUGCGAUUGGUUUAAAUGUCUGCAGUGUACUCUGGCUUUGAUUGUGAUUGGCUGCAGUGACUGCAGCAUAAUCCGGUUUUGAUCCUGGUUGGUUGCCGGCACACAGACUGAUGUGUUUUUCAUCCCAAACCUUUGGUAAGGUCUUGCUUAAUGCCAUCGCUCUGUCACUCUUUCUUUUCCUCUCUAGUGCUGAUUUUCUAUUAUUGAUUACCUUUGCUCUAUCAGCUGCUAUAGUCAGGGGCCUCAAAUAGAACAAAAUAAUAUAUAUUUUUUAUUAUCAUCAAUUUAUUAAUAUUAUCAACAGCAUUGUUACUGCUAUGAUUGCAUCCUGUCGUCAUUAUGUUUAUCAUUAUAGUUUGUAUGUGGAUGUAACUGUUAUUAUUGAAAACAACAAAGUGUUCAGAUCUUGGAAACAGAAAUACCAAAACAAAACAUGAGAAGUAUCCUUCCAUUUCUCUCAGUGAACAGAUGACUGUUUUAUUGCGGAUGUGCAGGUGUGUGUUCUCGUGUGACUUGUGUGGUUGCCUCAUCUUUUCAUUUUCAUCAUUGUUCUUUAAGUACUAUGCAAGUACAAACAAGCUCAUUUUAGGACUUAAUUUGUUCCCUGUCCUGAGUGGAAGAUGGGUAUAUUUUUGCAGUAGACGGCAGAAGGUUGACAGGGUUUUGUUGCGUUGCUAUGGGGCUGGCCCUGCGUUUUGGCAUGAUGUAUCACCCCAAGAGCAACCAGCAACAAGGCCUGGGUCUCAUGGCCUCCAUCGAGCGGGAGAGAGUGCAUUUUGUUUGCCAUUUGUCAGGCGAAUCAGCAGGGCUUUACGGAUGGCCAACAGGCAACGCUGGGUUCUGGAAGAGUGGUACCUUAAACCCGCUGGAACAGUGGGUAACGCUGGGUUCUGGAAGAGUGGUACCUUAAACCCGCUGGGACAGUGGGUAACACUGGGUUCUGGAAGAGUGGUACCUUAAACCCGCUGGGACAGUGGGUAACGCUGGGUUCUGGAAGAGUGCUACCUUAAACCCACUGGGACAGUGAUAGCGGACCGAUCACAACUGGUAUGACCGUGUUUGAGGUGUGAAAACUUGUACCUGGUUAUGGUGAAUAGUGAGGUUCUAAAUUCUGAAAUGGGGAAAUUAUGAUAGCAAUCGUGAUGAUGUUGGUGAUGAUGAUGAUGUUGAUGAUGAUGAUGAUGAUGAUGCUGACUUGGAAGACGUGAUGGAGUUUCCCGCCCGCAGAGAAGAUAUCCCACAUCAUGAACACACCAAAGGCUGUGUGGCCUACCAUGUACUCUCCAUGUACGCAGCGGAGACUGUGUUAGUUACCACAGCCUGCAAGCGGCAGAGAUCGACCUGGCAGGUGCGUGUUGAUUCAUGGGAGAAGUUGUCCUGCGUCUGCAGGCUGGCUCUCUCACCCCCCCUGCUGGAGUUCCCUGGGAAAUGAACAUAAUUACGUACGGCUCCAGACCAUGGGCUGAAAGGACUUUAGUCUAGAUAUACAAGUCAAUGCCUCCUUUUAUAAAUAAAAUUUUAAAAAUGUUUCAGAAAGAAAAACGUUCCUUUAAUUCUGUAAACUACCAAUUGUAAAUAAAUGUUUAGCCUUCUUACUUGUAACUAAAAAUACUUUUUAUGCAAUAAAUUAUAUUUCCUAGUUUAACAAGAUCA